AAGCAUGUAAAAGUUUACUAUUCAAUUUUUUUUUAAACUUGACGCAGACAACUUAAUAUAUUACACUCGUACUUUCAGCAAAACAAAACAGGUUUGCCGCCCACGCUCUCGGUUUCUCUUCCUCUCUUGCGCUCUCUCCUUCUUCACACCGCAUUCGUAAACAAAGACAAUGAAAGCUCCAGUUAAACGGCUGAAAGGCCCCAAAGCCCCCAGAUUGUUUCUCGCCGUCGAGCUGAACGCACGUAUUCGAAAAAAAUAACACUAAUAAUAGUAUAAUAGUGCAGUAUUGUGUAAAACACGCGCGUCUCCGCUGUCUCGCUCUGGCACACAGUGCCCAAACCAAUACUCUCGCGUGCUUCACACACACACGGCUACACACAUACAUACCUGUAGGAGAGCGAGAGAGAAGAAAAAAGGUGCAUGGAAAAUCGGAAAAUCGGAACUGAAAAAGUCUGAAUUUUGCUUAAACAUAGUUAGCUUUACGUACGACUGUCAGUUAGAAACGGAAAGUGUCGGCAAAAGUGUUUUCAUUAGUCUAAACAUAAUAACAAUCGAACCCACAAUAGACACCCACUAAAACGGGAAUUCGGCAAAAACGGAAACAUCUGGGCGCGAAAAAAUCGAUCCAGACAAUGUAAAAUUGGCCAAAAUUACUCGUAGCUCCCAAUGCAAGCAACAAUUUUUGGCAAAAACAACAAGCGGGAGAGCGUGAAAUAGAGAUUCAGAUUGAGAUAUUGUGGUAGGAUAGGUUGUAAAGCGGCGAGUUACGUUGAUAUCGUAAAAAUAAUAACAAAAGCGCGGCGCAACAACCUGAGCGACUUAGUCAUCCGUGCAAGAGAUUCGCUUUAGCUGCAGUAACUACGAGAUGCAGAUACAAAGUGCCAGAUAAAACAAAAAACAUACCAACUAUAACGGAUAACGGAUAAAACAGCCAGCCAAAAGGAACUGAAACAUUAAAAAUAAAUAUAUAUAAACAUCAAUAUUAGAGUUCCAACUGCAAGCGGUUGAUAAACACGAACCCAAAGGAACUUGAAAACCGGGAGGCCUACAUACGUAAUUAUAAAGAAAUUGCAGCAACAACAGGGCAACGCCUACGACACGCCAGUGAUUACAACAACAAUAAUAAUACUAAGCAAAAAAAUAUCAACAACAAAAACAACAACAUCAUUUACCUAGCCAGCGUAACCUGUUGUAGUUUUGCACUGCAUUGUUGCUCACCUCUCGCCAUCUAAAAUUGGGCAUUCACAAGCGGCUUAAAUACGUGGUUAGCCAUCGGCGGUAUAUACCUAUAGCAAAUAGCCGGAAUCUGCAAGUGGCACACCUGUGGCCACGGGUCAGUUGAACACCAGUUGGACGACCAGUUGGAGCAGCAGCAGCAGCAGCAGCCAACAGCAACAGCAUCACCAUCGCAAUCACAAUUACACAAAAUGUCGAGACUCACCGAGGAAAUGGUGAUUGCGCGGGCCAAGCAGUCCGAUCUGGGCCUGAUCAAAAAGCUAAAUUGCUGGGGCAGUGAUCUCAGCGAUGUGUCCAUCAUCAAGCGAAUGCGUGGAGUGGAGGUUCUGGCUCUGAGUGUCAACAAGAUCAGCACGCUGUCGCCCUUCGAGGAGUGCCUCAAGCUGCAGGAGCUCUAUCUGCGGAAGAACAACAUCACGGACAUCAACGAGAUCGCCUACCUGCAGAACCUGCCGGCCCUCAGAUACCUCUGGCUGGAGGAGAACCCCUGCUGCGAUCGAGCGGGUCCCAACUAUCGGGCGGUCGUGUUACGUGCCCUGCCCAACCUGAAGAAGCUCGACAAUGUGGAGGUCACGCAGGAGGAGCUGGACGAUGCUUUACGAGGAGGUGGAGGCGCCGCGCCCGAGGACGAGGUGUACGAGGAUGCCUACCAGCAGCAGCAGCAGACGGCGCGAACGUCGCCGCAGCAGAUGCCGCAGCAGCAGCAGCAACACAGCUACCCGCAGCACUCGCCGCCGCAGCAGCAGCAGCAGCAAUAUCACCACCAGCAACCGCAGCAGCAACACUCGCAGCAGCAGCAGCAGCAGCAGCGGCGCAGCUCGAGUCCCAUGAAAGAGCCGCCGCAGUUGCCCAGUCCGCUGGUCAACAACAGCAGCGAGGGGAUUGGGAGCAUCAGCCACAGUGCCAGUGAUCUCUACCAGGGGCAGGCGGCUCAUCCGCCGAAAGGUUCCCAGCCACCCACGCCCACCAAGGAACCCGUGCAUCCGCCAUCGCCCAUGUAUAACACCAUAACCAAAGAGCAGCGCACCUCCUACCACCAGUACGAUCGCUCGCCGGGAUCCGACCAGGAGAGUAGUCCGCAAACGUACAGGGAGGUGCGGCCCGCGCCGCUCCCGCCCAGCAUUUCCGCGCACUCGAUGAAGGAAUACUACCAGUCGGACCGACCAGCCUACCCGGCGCACUACCGCCACAGCCAGACGGACCUCACCGAGUGGGAGGAGCACCAGCAGGCGCCGCAGGUGCACCACAAUCCCUACGGCAGCCAGAUGCAGCUGCACCACCCGCAGCGGCGCAGCGCGGGUCCGGAGACGACUGCCUACCGGAACGGCAGUGCCCGGGAGAACGGCGGCGAGUGGGACCCGGAGGACAGGCCCAGGUCGAGGCGACCCGAGGGUCGUUACAGUGACUCGACUACGACUUUGUCGGCCUCCGUGAUGAAUCACUACUCGAGCUACCAUCGAAGGCCCGUAAACAGGAACUCGAAUCUGCUGUCCGCCACUCUGUGUCUGGUGAAGGAGCUGGACUACGCCAGCUUGGAGGUGCUGGAGCACGCCGUGCGGUGUCGCAUCGACGAAAUGGCGGGCGAAUGAUGAAGACGGCUCUCUAAUCGCAUGUCGAUUAGCUAAUCCAACGCGUUUGUGGGAGCCACAGACACACACACGACCAGGAACACUUAAAAGACAAGCAGCAGGAGCAGAAGCUGCAAAAGUUCGCAGGAGAAGAGCAAAAGCUGAUAUUAUACUAACGUCUAAGCAACAAACGAAAGCAAACCGGAUACUUAACGAGGAUAACGAUUCAAACUUGCCAAUUGUAAACUGUCAUAGUGUAACUAGAAACUUUUGUAAGCAUUUUUCAUGUAACGAACUUUGCUAACAGAAUCAGAAAAAGAAGCCGAAAUGGAUGGAUGGCCGACGGAUGGAUUAAUUAAUGCUUUGGUUGAUUUCCGCCUCUUGACUCCCGAUCCCGUUCAGUUGAUCCCCGAUCGAGCACUGACCACAAAGCUAGCCUUCUUUUGUACUUAACUCGCGAAGAUCGAAACUAAACCACUAACGAACGACGCCCAAGGCGCCGAGCACAAUGUAUCUUCCUCGUUUCUCUGUAAGAUUAGUUGAAAUUUAUACUCAUGACUUUGUUGAAUAUUUGUACACGAAAGCAAUUAACGCUAGACCCUAAUUUUAAUAUAUAUUUACCUAUAAUGCAAUGAACACGUCCAGUUUAUGUUUGCCGUUCUCUAUUUAACGUUUACGUUGGAAACUACUAUGCGAAGAAUAAACCAAUUAACAUAAGGUA